AUGACUGACAAUAAUGGGCUAACUACUAACAAUAACUUUAAUAAUUUAAAUUCUGAUUCAUCCAAAUAUGUUAUGGAUAAUUCUAUGGGAUCUUAUUAUCCAAACCAACAAUAUAAUCAAUUUAACAGUCAAUCAAAUAAUCAAUUUUCUGUACCAAAUGGACAAAAUAAUUAUAUAAAUCCACAAAUGUUCUCAAAUCAAAAUAAUACGAAUUCAAAUGACAAUAUGACAUCAACACAAUCAAUUAGUCAAAAUAGAUCAGUUUACGACAUGAAUAUUAACAAACACUCAUCAUAUCCUCAACAAUCUUCAACACCAAAUACAGCAAAUAAUAUGAACAAUUAUCCACCAAAUAUGAAUGUUCCUAUGAAUAAUACUAACUCACUCCAACAACAACAACAGCAGCAGCAACAACAACAACAACAACAGCAUCAACAUUCUCAAAUGUAUUCAAAUAUGAGUUUUGUUUUUUCAUCUGAAAUGGCCAAUAAAGCUAUCUGUGAUAUUAAUGAAAAGAAAUAUGAUAAUCUUAAAACAUGGCAUAUUAGUAAUUAUGGACAUCCAAAUCAAUAUGGUAAUGAAAAAAAAAUAGAACAAAAUUGUAAUCGGGGAAUAAAAAGAAAGAUGUCACCUAUUAAAGAACAACCUAAUACAUUUACAAAACCAUUAACAAUACCUACAACUAAUGGUAUUCAUGGACAAGAGUCUAAUGGUAAUCACCCACAGAGUAACAAUUAUGGAAAUAUACCACCAUCAUCAAGGACAUAUAAUAAAGAUGAUGAUAAUCCAUUACGUAGAAUGGAAAGAAUGACUCAAGAAACAUUAAAUGAACCUCCUAGUAAAAUGCCAAUUAGAAGUAAUAAUAAUUCAGUAAAUGGUGAUAAUAAUUUAUCAUAUGAUCAAAAAAAAAGUCAAGAAAAACAUUUAAAAUUAGAAAAAUUAAAUCAAAUUGAAAAAGUUUUUGGUAUUGAUAAAACAAGACAAAGAGAAGAAUCAUAUCAUAUGAAUCAUAUGAUGCAUGAACAUGAUAUAAAUAAAAUUUCACAAGGACCUAUAAAUAAUCCAAAUGGUUUUAUGCAAGGUGUACCAAUGAAUAUGCAACAAGGUAUUCAUCAAAAUAUUAGACAAACUGGACCACCAAAUUUAGGACCACCAUAUUUACCUAAUAAUAAUAUGCCACCACCUAAUCGUCCAGGAUCCCAACCAAUGCCAGGAAAUCAAAGACAACAUCAACCUCAACAACAAUCACCAUCAGUACCAUUUUUUCCACCAGGACAAAAUAUUUCAAAUAGAAUAAAUCAAUUUCCUAAUCAACAACAUCAAACAACAACACCAUCAAAUCAUAUGAUGCCAUCACCACAAAUGUAUCCAAUGGGAUCUAAUGGUCAACAAAAUAAACAAUUUAUUUCACCAUCAUCAUUACCCCAACAAAAUAACAUGAGACAAAUGUCAAUGAAUGGAAUGCAACAACAAUCUAAUAUGCCUCCUAAUAUUAAUCAAACGAUGAAUCCAAAUAUGACACAAAUGAGACAACAAAAUUUACCUUCUAAUAUAAAUCCUAAUGUUAAUCAGAUUAAUAUGCCAAAUGGAAUACCAAAUCAUCCACUUCAACAAAAAUUACCGGUCCCAAAUAAUAUGAAUGUAAUGAAUGGACAAAAUAAUAGACCACAAAAUAUGCAAAAUCCUGGUAUGCCUGGAAAUGGUAUGCAAAUGCCUGGUAUACAAGGUCCUGGUCUACAAAGUCCUAAUAUACAAAAUUCUGGUAUACAAGGAUCAGGAAUACCACAACAAUCUAGACAACAACAAAAUAUGACAAUUCCAAAUAUCCAAGGUAAUAUGCAAUUACCAAAUUCUAUGAAUUCUAUACAAAAAUCACAACAACAAAAUAUGGAUCAAAUGAUGUUACAACAAAAUCAAAAUAAUCAAGGGUAUCUUCCUAAUCAACAAAUUCCUAAUCAAAUUAUAAAUGGACAAAAUGGUAUGGUUCCACAAGGCAAUGGACAAUCUAAUAUGAUGAGGCCUAAUUAUGAUACAAAUGUUCUUCACCAUCAACAACACCAACAACAAAUUAAUUCUUCUAUUGAAGGAUAUAUAAAUGUUAAUCAACAAAAUUCUUGGCCUCAACAACAUAAUUUACCUAGACCAUUAACAAAUAUGGAUUCUCGAGCACCUAUACAAAAAGUGCAAUAUUCUCCAGUUUUGAUGCAAGAACAAAUGGCAACUAUCAACUGA